UUGACUAUUGUUCUUGUUGAAUCAAUAUGGCCGACUUUAACCGAAAAGUUGUACUUUUAUCCAAAUAAAAUUUCAAUUGAUACUUAGUGCAUUAAUAAUUAUGGAAGCACUUAUACCAGUGAUUAAUAAGCUUCAAGACGUUUUUAACACCGUUGGAGCUGAUGCCAUCCAAUUGCCCCAAAUUAUCGUAUUAGGAACUCAGAGUUCUGGCAAAAGUUCCGUUAUAGAGAGUCUUGUUGGACGUUCGUUUCUACCUCGAGGACCAGGAAUCGUUACACGCCGCCCUCUUGUCCUUCAGCUGGUGUACAGCCCUAAAGAUAGCAAAGAACAUCGCUCAGCGGAAGAAGGUACAAUAAGCUUAGAAGAAUGGGGAAAGUUUCUGCAUACAAAAGAGAGAAUAUACUCAAAUUUCGACGAAAUAAGACAGGAAAUAGAAAGAGAAACCGAACGCAUGGCUGGCAACAACAAGGGAAUUUGUCCAGAACCAAUCAAUCUCAAGAUUUACUCAACUCGUGUUGUCAAUUUGACUCUAGUUGAUCUGCCUGGCGUCACCAAGGUACCCAUUGGGGACCAGCCGGAAGACAUUGAGAGUCAAAUAAGAAAUCUUAUAAUCAAAUAUAUAGCAAACCCUAAUUCUAUUAUAUUGGCCGUGACGGCCGCAAAUACUGAUAUGGCUACCAGUGAAGCUAUUAAAAUGGCUAAGGAAGUCGACCCCGACGGAAGGAGAACUUUGGCCGUAGUAACCAAGCUAGAUCUCAUGGAUGCAGGAACUGAUGCAAUUGAUAUAUUGUGUGGGCGUGUGAUUCCUGUAAAACUGGGAAUUAUUGGUGUUGUAAACAGAUCUCAGCAAGACAUAAUAGAUAAGAAGUCCAUUGAGGAUGCGUUAAAAGACGAAGCUACAUACUUACAAAGGAAGUACCCGACCAUCGCGACCCGUAAUGGUACUCCCUAUUUGGCCAAGACAUUGAAUAGACUUCUGAUGCACCAUAUAAGGGAUUGCUUGCCAGAACUAAAGGUACGAGUUAAUGUAAUGAUUUCACAAUUUCAAUCGUUACUCAACUCAUAUGGAGAGGAUGUAUCAGAUAAAUCUCAAACUCUGUUGCAAAUAAUCACAAAGUUUGCCAGUGCCUAUUGUUCCACUAUAGAAGGCACGGCCAGGAACAUUGAGACUACAGAACUUUGCGGAGGUGCUCGAAUAUGCUAUAUAUUCCAUGAGACAUUUGGGCGUACACUGGACUCUAUACAUCCUUUAGUAGGUUUGUCUCGAAUGGACAUAUUGACUGCGAUAAGGAAUGCAACAGGUCCCAGACCUGCUCUGUUUGUUCCCGAAGUCUCAUUUGAGUUGCUUGUAAAGAGACAAAUUAGAAGAUUGGAAGACCCUUCUUUGCGUUGUGUGGAGCUGGUGCACGAGGAAAUGCAGCGCAUCGUGCAGCACUGCGGCACAGAGGUGCAGCAGGAGAUGCAGCGCUUCCCGCGCCUGCACCAGCGCAUCGUCGACGUCGUCACGCAGCUGCUGCGCACGCGCCUGCCCGCCACCAACUCCAUGGUCGAAAAUUUAGUCGCCAUCGAGCUAGCGUAUAUCAAUACAAAGCACCCAGAUUUUCACCGCGAGGCGGCGCUGGUGUCCGGUCUACUGAAAAGCACGGACGGGCUGGUGGAAGACCACAGCCCCAUGUACCGACAGAAGACACCUCGGCCUACGUCGACACCGGUAUCCACAAUUUUAAAACUAUUUCUACGGCAAAUGGGUGAAAGAGGGUCCAUCUUGGUAUACUUGGCUAAAGUUAUGGAUGCCGCCUACCAGCAUGUUCCAGCUAUCACCGAUGGCCAUGAUAGGUCACCGCCCAAUAACGAAUCUCCUGCCACUCCUCAGGUCAAUGGUAGUCCAGAAAACAAAGCUAUGACUCCGCAGAAGCCUGUCAACUUGUUGCCCGAAGUCCCAAGCCAGACUUCCAGGAAGCUUUCCGACAGGGAACAGCAUGAUUGUGAUGUUAUUGGUGGACGGAGCGACCACACAACAUACCAAAAAAGUAAUACAAAGACUAUAGAAGGCAUGAUGCAUUUGAACCAAAUGGGUGAUUUAGUCGAACGGCUGAUCAAGUCAUACUUCUACAUAGUGAGGAAGUCUAUAAAAGAUUCAGUACCGAAGGCUGUGAUGCACUUUCUCGUAAACUUUGUAAAAGACAACUUGCAGUCGGAGCUCGUCACCCACUUGUACAAGUCUGACCAAGCAGAGAGUAUGCUCAACGAGUCCGAACACAUCGCUCAACGUAGGAAGGAAGCUGCUGAUAUGCUUAAAGCAUUACAGCGAGCCGGUCAGAUUAUUAGCGAGAUACGCGAGACACACAUGUGGUGAUGCUCGGCUGAGGAUGAUGACUCUAGUCUAUGAAAUAGUGAAUUUGAGCUCUGAGCUCUGUACAUACUCCUUAUUACCUAGGUGAAUUGUGUAGGCAUUUUACUUAUUUAAAAGUAAACAGUUUUGCUUUCAUACUUAAAAUCUGCAGCUCUCUUAUAACGUUUAUUUCAUGACAAAUCCAAUGGCUUAGUGUUUCUGAGUGAAUAUGUAUGUACAAGAAAACCAAAUAUUGGAGCCAAAGCAGAAAAUAUGAAAGCAAAUAUGUUUGCUUUAAGGGACAUUUUAAUGGAGCUAUGCUUAAAGUGCAGAAGUGCUUUUAUGUUUUUUAUUAAGUUAUCAUUUACCGGCGAUGUAAAUUAUGUAUGCAAUGUUUCACAUAUUUGAAACUUAUAGUUAUUACUAGUAUUGACUUAAUGAAAGAAAAACCUCACACUAGCAUUAAAUCUCACUAAGCAAGCAUUUUCGAAAGUAAUUUGCGAUUGCACAAAAAAUUACUAUGCUUGCAUUAGUUACCAUUUCGUUUUUAAUCACGUAUUAACGGUUUUUGUAGGUAGUCAUAAUUUUCAAUUAUAUAAAGUAUGUGGUUCUUUAGACUCACACUGCACAUUGUUAGAAGUUCUGAGAGUAUUUCUUUGAUUUUAAUACUCUCAUAAUGUUUAAACCGGAACUAAAUACUUCAGUUUAAUUUUUUUUACUAGAACGUCUGAUAAUGUGCUGUCAGUCUUAAUCGCAGUGAUAUUCAUUGUAACUCCUGCAAUAUUCUUGGUACUGAAUGUUUGUCAUUUUUUUACAUAAAAUCGAUUCUGUAAUGUUAACUUUGUUGUUUGUUCAUUGGAUGAUUUUUUCGUUCAUAACUUUUCUAUCAAACAGGGCUGAUGGUAGUUGUAAUAAUAUCAUAGGGUUUUUUUUUAUAAAAUUGGCUAUUACGAUGUUUUUUUCGUGUUUUAAAAUAAUUCAUAGUUCCUCGUGCAUUGAUCGAUGUUAUUAUGAUUUCGCAUGCAAGUCAUUUUGUGUCAUUGUCCAAAACGUAUUUAUUAAAAAAUUUUAUCGCUAAUAUAGUGUAGUGAAUAUUCCAAUGUUAGAAAAUGUAUUAUUGUUAUAGUCCGGAGUGUGAUUUGCUUUAUGUACCGAACGAAACCAAUUGAAUGUUAAACAAGUAUUUAAGUCUGUUAAAAUUAUAGAAUAUUGUGAAGUAA